AUGGCCUCGUCUUCGGGUAACGACGACGACCUCACCAUUCCCAGGGCUGCCAUCAACAAGAUGAUCAAAGAAACGCUCCCCAACGUCCGCGUCGCAAAUGAUGCCCGGGAGCUUGUGGUAAACUGCUGCACUGAAUUCAUUCACCUCAUCUCCUCCGAGGCCAACGAGAUCUGCAAUAAAUCGGAGAAGAAAACCAUUUCCCCGGAGCAUGUCAUACAAGCACUAGAAAGUUUGGGAUUUGGUUCCUAUAUCAAUGAAGUAAAAGAAGUCUUACAAGAAUGCAAAACAGUAGCACUGAAGAGAAGAAAGGCCAGUUCACGCUUGGAGAACCUUGGCAUUCCAGAAGAAGAGCUUCUAAGGCAGCAACAGGAAUUAUUUGCAAAAGCUAGACAACAGCAAGCAGAACUGGCACAGCAGGAAUGGCUACAGAUGCAACAAGCAGCUCAACAGGCACAGCUUGCUGCUGCCUCAGCCAGCGCAUCCAAUCAGGCAGGAUCCUCUCAGGAUGAAGAUGAUGAAGAUGAUAUCUGAUAUUUACCAGCUGAGUUUGUCUUUAUUAAGAAAUAUUUUUCCUGCACAAUGAAAACAGUGAAAUGAAUGCUUACCUGUAAGUUUGUAUGCAUAAUGGACUGGCAAUUGGUAUUCUAGGGGUGUCUGCUGUUGUGUGCUGUACAUGUAUAAACUGUCUUUUUUUUGAAUUCUUGAAGAUUUAAGGUUCAGUAUCAUAUCAACUUUGGAUUUUUAAUGGUGUAUAUGGAAAUUUUAGAUAGCAGUGCGUCAUUUAUUUGAUCAAUAAACAGUAUUACAAUAAACAACGAGUUUAUAAAAUAUAGUGAGCUUUACACAAAAGGCUCUAAAUCCACAUUUGCAUUUCUUCCCUUUUAACUAAGCUAUUAAAUCUUACUUAGAAUUUUUAAUUGGUUUUGGGAGGAGUGGUAAAGUAGACAUAAUCUGUUAAUGGGAAAAAAGCAGAGUUCAGCAUAGUAGAGUCUGAAUUCUUAGUUCUUUUUAAAAUGAGGAUGUAUAUGGCAAUAAAUACUCUGUAUGCUCAAAUACCACACUUGUUAAAAUUUGAAAAUCAUACAUUUUUGCCAAGCUAGGAAAGGUAUGUUUAAUAGUUGUACAAAAUCUGUCUUUUUUUUUUUUUUUGUAUAGGGGUGAAAAAAAGUAAACCCAUGGUUUUAUUAUGACACCUUUGACAGUCCUAACUGAGUAUUUCACUUCAGAGACUACCUGGUUUGAAGAACUAACUCUUCUAUUUCAGUCCAGUUUAAUGUUAACUGUUGUUGAUGGUAUUACAUAGUUCAGGUCUAUUCAUAUUGUUGAAACAUAAAGCUGGAACUUGGUGAAACAAAAUUGUUUUAGUCCCACUGACGUAACUGGUAUUAAGUAUUCAAGCCUGGGAAAGCUAAAGCUAAGAGCAUGCUUACUAUAAAAGAGGGAAUUUGUAUAGUCAUUGUUGUAAGCAUAGUGGUAACUAUUCUCUAGACUAGAUUGCCACUGGAUUACUAAAAUAACUUGUUGAAAGAUAACAUUUUGUUCAUUCAAAUUGUUUCAUGGGCAAGGCCAGGUUUUUGAUAAAACUGUUCCCUAAGAGCGAUCAGCAAUACAUGGAACAGAAAUGAUGUUGUAGUCCUUUUGAUAGUUGAUUUGAAAAUUCUGCUGAUUAAUGGAUGAACAGCUGUUCUUUGUGUUGAAAUAAAGCACAGUAGUGACCAUUGCUGAGUUUUAAUGUGUUACUUGAAGUAAUACUGGCAUAUCUUCUGGUACACUAAUCUGAGCAGACUAGAAAAGCCACUUGCAUGUUACUGUAGAUGAUCUUAUAGCUCUGUAACAUGGUGGAUUGUUUUACUGAUUUAUGUCCUCCGUAAGUUGCUCUAGUUAGAAACAUUGAGGAGGGCUGCAGCAGUCUGUUUACAUAAGGAUGCAAACAGAAAAUGGUGUGCCCAUUUUUACUUAAAGAUCUAAACAAGGUACAAUUGGCAUAUAUUCAGAUCUCAGUCACAUGGUGAACUUGAUUUAAAUUUGAGAUACAUUAAGUUGGAUAUUGAAUAAAUGUGAGCACUUCUUUAAAUGCAUUAAUGCAGUGAAAAUUCAGAAAAGCAUUUGAAUGUUUAAGUUUAAAAAAAAAGGAAAAACAAACCAACCCAAAAAACCAAACCAAACCCCCAAAAUCCCAAAACUAACCCUUCCAUGGAUACUAUGAAAUAUAUUAGGCAAGGGUUGGGCAAGGAAGUGGUUUUCAGUAAAGGUGUAUGUACCAAAGGUAGGAAAUCUAGUCUAGUGAUACAAUGUUAAUGUGCAGUGUUGGCUUUUCUAAUUUGUACUGUAACACCUUCACACUUUCUAUUUUAAAUGAGUAUUUUCCUUUUAAAUAAUAGUAGGUAUAUUUUCACACCUUUCUUUUCUGAUGCAGAAUUCAGGUUAACAUUUUACUGCAUCUGGUAUGUAUGGUGUAAUAUGUUUGGAUCUUUGUGACCUUUCUUUUGGACAUUCUUGUGCUUUUUCAUAUGCUGUAUUC